AUGAUAGUCGCUCACGCUCCAAAAACUUAUUUCAGUUCAGGAGAUAUACAAAAAUCAUUGGGUUCUCUUCCUGGAUUUCCAUGGGCGAAAUAUCCCGGAGAAAAACAUCUUCCCAGUCAUAAUUACACCGGUCAAGAUGCCAAAAUUCAACCCACCGGAGCAGUUCAACUUUAUCAAACAGAUUGGCCACAAUGGAAAAGAAGAUUUUUGAGGUAUCGAACAUCUAUUAAACUCGGUGUCGAGGAAGGUGCUAUACAGGUCAGUUCUCUGAUAUAUGCCAUGGGGAAUGAAGCGGAGAAUACCUUCAGUUCCUUCACUUUUGCUGCCGGGGAGAGGGACGAAGACUUUGAUACUGUUUUGCAGAAAUUCGAAGCUCAUUUUAUCCCAAAGCUGAAUCACAUACACGAAAGAGCCGUAUUUAACUCUUCAAAACAACAAGAAUCUACCGAAACCUUCGUCAGACACUUGUAUGAGAUGGCUGAGAGGUGUAACUACGGACAGGAGCAAAAGAAAGAAAAUAUCAGAGACAGCUUAGUGGUCGGAAUCCUGGAUAAGGACUUGUCUGAACGACUUCAACUUGAAGAAGCCGAUCUCGACACUGCUACUCAAAUGGUGAGACAGUCCGAGCUAACUAAAAGUCAAGUCAAGGUCCAGGAGAAUGGUGCGACUAAUGGUGCAACCAGUUCAGUGGUAGAAGAAGUGUAUCGAAGAAAACCACAAAACAAAAGACCUCCGUCAGCUUCGGAAAAUUCGUACUGA